UCCUCACCUCACCCCCUCCGCCCGACCACGACUGACUGACAGCACGAUUGACUCGAUAGCAAGCGGCACAUUGCUUCUUCAAACUGAUCACCACUCCCCACCACACUUGCCGGCCUUCACUCCCUAACGACCCCUCAUUCGCGAUGCGAUUCCCCUCCCUACCGACCUAAAUCGCUACACAUACCUGCUCCCUCACCAUGUCCAAUCGGUACGGUGGCGGCGGCUAUCGCAACGGCAACGGAUAUGGAAACUUUGGCAGACGCGAAGAGGACUACGAUCCAUACGGCGAUGGAUAUUCAGGCAGCGACAGAGGAGGCGGAGGCGGCGACCGAUACGCCGUGGGAUCCCCGCCAGCGAUGAACCCCCGAUCACCACCCACACUUCGAAGCGGCGGCCCGCCGCCAAUCCGCAGCCGUGAGCGCAUCCAGGAGACGAACGCGGAACGACAGAUUGGCCAGGUCCUCGAGCGCGUCAAGGUGGAGUGGCCGGCAAUGUGCCAGACCGACUGUGUGCCCGUCCAGCUCGCCCUCCAGCUCCUCGACACCAGCUCUGUAGGCCGCGCGCACGACUACAACCAGUUCCGACAGACGCACGACUACCUGCAAAACUCCCUCAAGGGCAUCGUUCACGAGCACCACCAGGGCUUCAACAGUUCGAUCGGAACGUUCCACAAGAUCCAAGGCAGCAUCCAGGCCUCGCAGAAGAGGGUGCGCACGCUCAAGGACUCCCUGCUGACGUCCAAGGUGAGCCUCUGCACGUCGGACCCGGACCUUAAGAAGCUCUCGGCCACGUCGCAGGCUUACGAUGAGCUGCUUACCACGCUUAACGAGCUGGAGGAGCUGCGUCUGGUGCCGGAUCAGCUAGAGGCCCGCAUUUCCGAGAAGCGCUUCCUGAGCGCAGUCGAGGUCCUGCAGAAUGCCCUGCGCAAGCUGCGGAAACCAGAAUUGGACGAUAUCGGUGCGCUCAGUGAUCUGAGGGGCUACCUUGCCAACCAGGACACAGCACUCAUGGAUAUCUUGGUUGAGGAGCUUCAUGAGCACCUAUACCUCAAGUCGCCGUACUGUCAAGAGCGGUGGCAGAAUCUUGCCAAGACUCAAGGCGCUCUCAAGGAGGGCAAUUACGAAUCGAUCACCAUCGCUCCCUUCCACCAUAUCCUGGAUGCCAUGGAUUUCGAAGCAUCGGCGACAGAGGACCCGGCUAAAAACCCGGAGGCCGACACCUUCUCAUACGUGUCUCUGCUUGUGGAGUCCCUGAACAAGUUGGGAAGAUUAGAGACGGCCGUCGACACCCUCAAGCAGAGACUGCCUGUCGAGCUGUUUACCAUUGUGAACGAGACACUUAACGAGGUCGAUCAACGGCAUCCCAGCUCAUUACGCGGCGGCUCGACCAAUUCUCAAGGACUGCAUAUUUACGGCAGCCGAGAGACCCAAAUGAGAGCAGACGUCAUUUACGACUUGCUGUGGACGUUGUUUGGCAAGUUUGAAGCUAUUGCAGAGGGUCACCGUGUCUUCCACGAGGCAAUCAAGGCCCUCAUCCGACGCGAAGGUGCUGGAAACAACAGCGCCCUGCUGGGGAGCUUCAAGGAGCUCUGGAACCUCUAUCAAAACGAGAUCCGUUCUUUGCUGCACAACUACGUCACCACGGACGCAGAUGUAUACCAGUUCAGUACAUCGCCAAAGCCUGGGGCCAACGUCAACGGCAAAAAGGACGCUGCUAGAGAGCACCUGUUCAAGUUUUCUGAGGGUGAUCCUAAGGCUGUGGACAUGACGACAGAAUAUGAGGCCCUCGAGAGCAUCAUUCGAUCUGCUGUUCCCGGCUUGACCGACACUUCUCGAAAGGCCGGAGCUGAUAAGAAGCGGCCAGUCGAGGGCAGUACCAAGAGAGGAGGAGGGGCCACAGGUUGGGAGAACAAGCAGACAACUGGUACAUACAAGUCUCUGGUCGAGCCCAGCGUCUUUAACAUGAGCUUGCUUCUCCCUCCUACACUUGUCUUCCUCCAGCGUCUUAAAAUGAUUGUACCACCGGGCUCAGAUCUGGCCACUAGCACGCUGACGUCCUUCUUGGAUAACUUCCUGGUUAACGUUUUCCAGCCUCAGCUGGACGAGACUCUCGGCAAGCUGAGUGACACCAUCUUUGGCGAAGCCGAUACGUUCUUGCAAGACCAGGAAUGGACUCAGGUUGCCAGACGCCCCGUCUUCAAGGGCACAACAGCUUUCUUUGCCAUUGUCACAGCUUUCUGCCGCAUGUUGGGUACCAUCCCACACGAUCAGGCUUUGAGCACACUCAUCAUCACCCAGAUGAUGAGAUACUACGACCGUGCUUUUGGAUGGUACAAGUCACUUGUGAGCAAAACUCAGGCGCAAGCAGACAAGCCCACAAAGCUACGCAUGUCGGCAGCGAUGGCUUUGGAGGAGGGAGAUGUCCAAGAAACCAUAAAGCAACUGUGGACGUCGGAUACACUGGAGCGCGAACUUCUCGAGAAGGAAGUCGGUCUGCUCAUUGUUCAGACCAAUGAGAAGCGCAUGGAGAUGGCCGACAUCAUUCAGGACAAGGACACCAUUUCGUCUCUUUGUCUAUUAUACACUAGUAUGAAGUGGCUCGCAGUCAAGAUCUCAGGUCUGCGUCACAUUACUCGCAACGAAUCCGACUCUUCCCGUCCAAACAUAAACCGAGGCUCAAGCAAGCGGUGGACGCUCAUGAACGACCCCAACAAGGCCACAAACGAAGAUGGACCUGUGUGUCUUCCAAUGACACAGGAGACAGUCCAGGCUUUCGAUGGAAUCGUCUCGUCGUUCGAAGAACUCGCCGGCACCGCGCUCUUGACCCUCCAUAUGGAGAUCCGAUGCGAAAUCAUCUACUCCCUCCGCACCGCCCUUUCCACCGACACGGCCCCCUACCUCCUCGACCAAGAAGUUACGGAGCCAGAUCCGCAAAUCCUCAACCUCAACUCGGACCUCGUCCUCUACGAUGAGACCAUUGCGCGGUACCUCCGCGCCAAGGAGACGGCCUUCAUCCGCACUGGUCUCGGCCUGCUGAUCAACGACUACCUCGUCACCAACGCCGCCUUCGUCUCGCCCAUAAAUGCAAAGGGGUGCGGCCGCAUGCAGCUCAACAUCUUGGUCCUUCAGCAGAACCUCAAAAACGUGGAGGAGGGCGUCGACCUUGCGCGCGCAUCAAACUACUUUGCCCUCUUUGACAAGGGCCCCGACGCCAUUGUAGAAAAGGCCAGCGAAGACAAGGACAAGGACGAGCACGCGGACCCGUCUGACACGUUUAGCUACGAGGAGUUGAGGACGCUGCUGGAGCUGUGUUUUAGCGAGCAGCUUUCGAACCCCGAGCGGGGGAUCGCGAGCGCCGCCAAGAGGCAGAUGGCGGAUAAGAUGCUCGGGCUUAGUGAGCACAUGUGGCAGACUUAGAAGCACUGAGAUCCUUGAGAGAAGAAGAGAGAGUCGUUUAGUAUUUACAUGGCUGAUGAUGUGUAGAUGGUCCCAGCGUGGUUUGCUGUGGUUUAGCUAUACUUGGGGUUUGCGAGGCGUUCAGGAGAGGGAAAGGGCAGAGAGAGAGAGAGAGAGAGAGAGAGAGAGAGAGAGAG